AGUCUAAAAAUUGGAUUCUACCUGUGAACUAGCAGCCUAGGAGGCUCCCCAGCACUGACACUAUCAUUACUCGUAAUGGGUGGGAACUCAACGGUCGACUUCUCUUGCCCUAAUUGACACAGUACAGGAGUCCCCCAAUUUCAAAUUUCUCCUUUUCUCUCUCCCUCCCUCUCACACACACUGCUCCCCAGACUUCAAGAAGGGAGGGCUAAAAUCCUAGCAAUCGAAACAUUUUGAUUCUGCAGUAAAAAUGGUGGCAAAGAUAUCAGCAUAUGAAGAAAGUCGCCGAAAGAGAAUGGAAGAGAACAAGAAAAGAAUGGAAGCCCUCAAUCUCCACAAGCUUUCUCGAGCUCUUAAAAUUUCCACCCCUACCAAAUCCUCUCCGAUGAAACGCUCAAAACCUCGAGUAGUCGAGAAACAAGUGGUUGUGGUUAGGAGGUCCAGUCGUGUCGCGAACAAGCCUGCUCCUUUCUUUAAAGAAGUUGUUCUUGAUCGAGUGGUGAUACCAAGAAGGAUUUCCAAGGCAAGAGAUUUGUCAAACCGGGUGUAUGCUACUGAUGAAGCCAGGGCAAAGGCUAUGGAGAAAGCAGAAAAGCUACAAUCUGAUUUAGGAUCUGACUAUCCGAUCUUUAUAAAAUCAAUGCUUCAAUCCCAUGUUACUGGUGGAUUUUGGCUGGGUCUUCCAGUCGACUUCUGCAGAAGGAACCUUCCAAGGCGAGACGAUGUCAUCACUUUGAUAGAUGAAGAGGCAGAUGAGUAUCAAGUUAUAUAUUUAGCACGAAAGAAUGGACUAAGUGGUGGAUGGAAAGGGUUUGCCGUUGCUCAUGGACUGCUAGAUGGAGAUGCUGUGGUUUUUCAGUUAAUCAAGCCUACAGCAUGCAAGGUAUAUAUCAUAAGGGUGAAUGGCUCGGAACAGGGCAAUAGUCUUUGAGUUUUCUUAAUGUGGUAUCGGAUGCAGCCAAAAUUAAUUUAGAUGAGCACAAGGAGAAUUUGGUUCAUUUGCGAACCCCUCCAACUAUCAAUCCGGAUGGAGUUCAUGGUCAAAUCCUUUUCGACGUCUGCAUUCCCAAGAAUGUUGAAGGUUGGGAUUUAAGGUCACCAGCUUCCUUGAGCAGACACCCAUUUUAAUCCCACCCGAAGGGAUGCUCCAUUUAAUCCAAUGAAAUGCAUACGCCGUUCAAGACUGUAACAGCUCUCCAAUGAAAUGCAUACGCAGUUCAUGACCGUAACAGUUCUCACUGACAACCUAGAGGCGAGAUUGCUCGUGUGAAUGUGCAAGAUUCAAAUUAGGUGUUAAGCCUUGGCUUUGAGGUUUCCAAAGAGGCAAUGCUUUCUUCAUCCUAAAAGAACAAAACGUGGGAGCCUUCUGAGUAAUGAGUAAUGAGUGCCUUCUGAUGAACUAGGGUUUGCUGCCUUAAGCUGUUUCCUUGUCUCAUAAUAGAUUAGUUGUUGAUAUCACACUCGCAGGUUCAUUGCUAAAUCACUUCUUCUAAGCAUAAUUAUAAUUGAGAAGGUAAAGGAUUUGUUGCAGUUAAA